UGUACCAUGUGAGUCAAGGUCCAGAGUGGACACUGUACCGUGUGAGGCGAGGUUUCUGGAGUGGACACUGUGUACUGUGUGAGGUGAGGUCCAAAGUAGACCCUGUGUACUUUGUGAGAUGAGGUCCAGAGUGGACACUGUACCGUGUGAGGUAAGGUCUGAAGUAGGCACUGUAUACUGUGUGAGGUGAGGUCCAGAGUGGACACUGUGUACUGUUUGAGAUGAGGUCUGAAUUAGACACUGUGUACUGUGUGAGGUGAUGUCCAGAGUGGACACUCUACUGUGUGAGGUGUGGUCUGGACUGGACCCUGUGUACUGUAUGAGCUGAGGUCCAGGGUAGACACUGUGCACUGUGUAAGGUGAGGCCCACGGUAGACACUGUGUACUGUGUGAGGCUAGGUUUACGGUGGACACUGCUUGCAUACUGUGACUUUCCUUACGAGCACAGAUUGGACUGGUAGCUGGUAGAGAAGCACAUAGGAGGGCAGGAAGUGGAGAUAGGCAGACAAGUUUUAAGAAGUUUUGAUGUGAAGAAGAGGGUUGUAAAGUCCUGGGAGGGCUUCGUAUGUGUGUGUGUAACAGGGGGAUUGAAGUAGGCUUGAAUGGUAAGGUUGGUCAACACCCAGAGAGACUGCAGACUGGGCAGAGGAGGUCAGACUGACAGCUUAGAGGUCCUGGGAAGGUGGAAGAGGGAUGGGCUGCAGCAGGGAGGUAGAAAAGCUGGCCGUUGGUGACAAGAGGUGGGUGGUGGUGCUGCCAGAUGCCCUGAAGGGGCUUGCGUCUCCUACUCAACCCUCAGCCCCAUCUCACCAUGCCAGGGCUCUUUGAUCUGACUAUCGCUGUUUUCAUUUUAUGUGUUGUGCUGUGCAUUCAUCCUCCUCCCCAUGUGCCCUAGAACCCCCUCCUGUUGCAGGAUCGGGGGAUGGCACGGAUGCAGGUGACACCCUGGAGCCUGUAGGACUCAGUUGCAGAGUCACUCUUGUGUGGAGCCCUCCCCACUGAGAGGUGGGGUUGGAGGUGCCUCCCUGUGCUGGCUGGGCACAGAAACCUCAUAUUGCUGAUCCACCACUCCCUCUCCCUGUGCAUGGCUUUUUGCCAGCAAGCCUUAUUUAUGGUCACUGAAAUUGGAAUUUCAUGUCCUUUUCACAUGUCACAAAAUACUUCUCUUUUGACUUUUUCCAACCAUUUAAAAAUGUAAAACCCAUGCUUAGCUCACAGGCCAGAUUUGGCCCACAGGUCCUUGUUUGCCGACCCUUGUGCUAGACGUCAAAAACACUCUGCAUUAACUCAUUGAAUCCUCACAGGAACCUCAUGAAGAAGGCACUAUUAGCAUGCCACUUACAGAUGAGGAAACCAAGGCAAAAGAGGUCAAGUUCCCAUAGUGUAGAAGUGGCGGAGCUGAGCUCUUAGCCCUGAGAUACGUGGAACCUGAUGCUUGUGAGGUGUGGAAGGAGGGUGGUAGAGGAUGGGACUGGGAAGAGAAGCUGGGGCCUGAGUUUUAUAGGCUAGGGUAGAACUUCUGCAUUUUAUACGAUUUUUUUUUUAUAAGAAACUUUAUUGAAGUAUAUUUACAUACAAUAAAAUGUACCUCUUUUAAUAGUUUUUGGCAGAUUUGCACAUUCUUGUGAACACCACUAUAAUCGAGAUAUAGAAGAGCAUUUCCAUCACCCCAGAAAGCUCCCUUACCCCCCGUUGUAGUCAGCUACCCCCAGCCCCAGGCAAUCAUUGAUCUGCUAUACUAUAGAUUCAAUUUCCCUUUUUUAGAAUUUCACAUAAACAGAAUCAUACAGAGUGAGCUCUUUUGUUUCUGACUUCUUUCUCUAGGCAUAAUGUUUUGGAGAUUCACGUUGGGUGUAUCAGUAGUUUGUUCCCUUUUUAGUGCCGAGUGGUUUGGUAUUCCAGUAUAUGGAUAUGCCACAAUUUUAUCUACACCUGUUGAUGGAUACCUGGCUUCUUUCCAGUUUUUGGUCAUUAUGAGCAAAACUGCUGUGAACAUUCAUCUGUACAAGUCUUUGUGUAGGUGUGUUUUUAUUUGUCUUGGGUAAAUACCCAGCAUUAGAAUCGAUGGGUUGUAGUGUGUGUUUAUAAGAAAGUACUAAAAUGUUUUCCAAAAUGGUUCUACCAUUUUACAUUCCCAGUUGCUCCACAUUUUCUUUAACUUGGUAUUGCCAUUCUUGUAAGUUUUAGCCAUUCUUAUGGGUGCGUCACAGGAGAAAGAUGUGGCAGUCUGCUCCCAUAAAGAUUUACAGCCUUGGAAAUCCUAUGAGACAGUUUUACUCUGUCCUAUAGGAUUGCUAUGAGUUGGAAUUGACUAGAUGGCAUUGGAUCGUGUACUGCUAUCUUGUUGUGGUUUCAACUUUCAUUUCCCCAGUGAUGAAUGGUAUUGAGCGUUUUUCCAUGUGCUUGUUGGCCAUUUGUGUGUCUCCUUUUGUGAAGUGUCUGUUAAAAUCUUUUGCCUGCUUUAAAAAAUGCGUUGUUUAUUUCAUUGAGUUCUAAGAGUUCUUUUUAUAUUCAAGAUGCUAGUCCUUUGCAGAUGUAUGUUUUACACAUACUUUUUCCCAGUCUAUGGCUUGCCUCUUAAUUUUCUUAACAGCGUCUUGAAGAACAGAUGUUUUUAAUUUUGAUGAGUUUAUGAAUUUUCUUCUAUUAUGGUUCGUGCUUUUUUUUUUUUUUAUGGUAUGACUAGGAGUCCAGGUUCAUCUUUUUCUGUAGGGAUGUCCAGUUUUUCCAGCACCAUUUUUUGAAAAGACUUAUCAUUUCUCAAUGGUAUUACUUAACACCCUUGUCGAAAUCAGCGGUAUAUGUGUGGCCUCUCUUUCUGGAUUCUCUAUUCUAUUCAUUGAUCUCAUGCCAAUAGCCCACAGGUUUGAUUAUUGUAGUAUCAUAGUAAGUCCUGAGGUCAAGCAGUGUAAAUUCUCCAACUUUGUUCCUCUUUUUCAAAUCAUUUUGGUUAUUCUAGAUCUUACCAAUUUUAAGAGUAUAAAUUUUAGAAUCAGCUUGUCAAGUUCUACAAAAAGGCCUACUGGGAUUUUGAUUGGGAUUGUAUUGAAACUAGAUUUAUUUGGGGCAGAAUUGAGAUUUUAACAAUAUUGAGUGUUCAGAUCCAUGAACAUGGUAUAUCCCUCCAUUUAUUUAGGUCUCUGUAUUAGUUAUCUAUUGCUAUGUAACAAAGUAGCUCAAGACUUAGUGACUUAAGGCAAUAAACAUGUGUUACCUCACAGUUGCUGUGGGUCAGGAAUUCAAGAAUGACUUAGCUGGUGGUCCUGGCUCAGAGUCACCAGUGGUUGCCUCAAGGGCUGCGGUCAUCUGGGGCCUUGGCUGGGGCCGGAGGAUAUACUUCCAGGGUGUCUCACUUAUGGGGUUGUUGGCCAAGGUUGCAGUUCCUCACACAAGUGCCUCACAACUUGGCAGCUGGUUUCUCCCAGAGUGAGCCACCUAAGAAAGCAUGCAGGAAGUUGCGUUGCUUUUAUGCCCUCUUCUCUGAAGGUGUACGGUGUCAUUUCUGUUACUGUUCUUUGUUUUUGUUUUUCUAUUUGUUAGAAGCGAGUAACUAAGUCCAGCCCACACUCAAGGGAAGGGACUAGGCUCCACCAUUUGAAGGGAGUGUCAAAAAAUUUAUGGACAUGUUUUAAACCACCAACAUUUUCUUUUUUGUUUAAAUGGACAUUAUUUCUCGGAGCAGUUUUAGGUUUACUGAAAAAUUAUGCAGUGAGUUCCUGUGUGUCUCUCUGCCUCCUGCACACUGUUUCUACUGUUAUUAACAUCUGCUUUCCUGUGGUACAUUUGGUACAAUUGAUGAACCAAUUUUGAUACAUUAUUAUUGACUAAAGUCUAUAGUCUACAUUAUGGUUCACUCUUUGUGUUGUACAGCCCUGUGGUUUUUGACAAGUGCAUAAUGUACAUGUCCACCAUUACAGCAUCAUGCAGAAUAGUUUCACUGCCCUAAAAAUGCCCUGUGCUCCACCUGUUCAUCCUUCCCUGAACCCUGGGCAACCACUGACUUUUUACCAUCUCUAUAGUUUUUUGUUUUCCAGCAUGUUAUAUGCCAAACCAAAAACCAAACCCACUGCCAUCAAGUGGAUUCCAACUCACAGGGACCCUGUAGGCAGAGUAGCACUACCCCCUAGGAUUUCCAAAGUUGUGAAUCUUUACGGAAGCCAACUGCCACAUUUUUCUCCCACAGAGUGGGCUGGUGGAUGUGAACUGCUGACCUUUUGGUUAGCAGCCGAACACUAACUGCUGUGCAACCAGGGCUCCUAGAAUGUCAUAUAGUGGGCAUCAUAUCAUAUGCAGCCUUUUCAGACUGGUUCGCUUCACUUAACAAUAUUCAUCUAAGGUUCCUCUGUGUCUUUUCAUAGUUUAUUUUGUUGUAUCACUGAAUAAUACUCCAUUGUUUGGAUGUUCCACGGUUUGUUUAUCCACUCAUCUAUUGAAGGAUGCUUUGUUUGCUUCUAAUUUUUGACAGUUAUGAAUAAAGCUGCUGUAAACAUUCAUGUCCAGGUGUUCUGUAGACAUACGUUUUCAUCUCAUUUGCAUAAAUACCUAGGAGCAUGAUUGCUGGAUCAUAAGGCGCUGGGUGCAUCCCCGAGGAGCGGUGGAGAGCAGGGCGUGGACCAUUCCUGCCAGAAGCUUGCGGGUCUAGGGGAAGAGACCAGCGGAAAAACAACUCGGUGUCAGUACAGGGAAGCCCGCUGGACCGCGCCCUCGAAGGCCGGUGCUCCAGCUCCUCUGUGUUUGUGCUGCCGGAAAAGGUGACUCCGCAGACUGGCCAGCCUGCCUGCCCUCAGGGCCUUGGCCGCCUAGACAGCCUCCCCACAGCAGCCCCCCAUGCACCUGGGGCCCAGGACUGUGAGCAUGUGCUGAGUGGCCCAGCCCACAGGCCUUUGUGCCCUGACAGCACCCUGGGCCAUACACUGUGGGGGUAAGGGGAGGCCAGGCCAUGGCUGUUCGCAGGCCCCACCCAGGGUCCUGAGGCCUGAAAGCUUCAGACCCUGGACCGAGGCCGGCCAGUUCCUGCAGCUGCUUCCCACAGGCUGUGCACCCUGACCCUGAGAGGGAAGUGAGGCCCAGCUUGGCCAAGCAGCUAAGGUGCCAGGUGGCCUGGUGAGUGGGCCGCAGUGCCUUCCCAGCUGCCCCCUUACUGGGGCUGUGCCCUCAGGUCAGCCUGAGCCUGGUGAACUCCAGGGCCUCCCGACCUGGCCUUGCCAGUGGCGGAGGGCCUGUGCCUUGGGGAGGGGAUGCCCCCUGAGGGUGCCAGUACAGCCAGCCGCCCCACAGGCCAGGCCCCUGUGCCCCUCCGCGGGCCCCUUGAGCUGCCACACCAGCUGCAGCCCCUGCCAUGGCCGAGCACUUGGAGCUGCUGGCAGAGAUGCCCAUGGUGGGCCGGAUGAGCGCCCAGGAGCGGCUGAAGCACGCCCAGAAGCGGCGUGCCCAGCAAGUGCGGCUGUGGGCCCAGGCCGAGAAGGAGGCGCACGGCAGAAAGGACCCCCGGGAGCAACCGUGGAGGAGCACAGACUGUGGCCGGUUGGAGAAGCGGGUCCUCUUCCCUCCUGGUGUCGUCCUCCUGGAGGCUGCUGCCCGAAACGACCUCGAGGAAGUCCGUCAGUUCCUUGAGAGCGGUGUCAGCCCCAACCUGGCCAAUGAGGAUGGCCUGACGGCACUACACCAGUGCUGCAUCGACGACUUCCGGGAGAUGGUGCAGCAGCUCCUGGAGGCUGGGGCCGACGUCAAUGCCUGUGACAGUGAGUCCUGGACGCCCCUGCAUGCUGCAGCCACCUGUGGCCACCUGCACCUGGUGGAGCUGCUCAUUGCCCGUGGUGCCGAUCUCCUGGCGGUCAACACCGACGGGAAUAUGCCCUAUGACCUGUGUGAAGACGAGCAAACGCUGGACUGUCUGGAGACAGCCAUGGCCGACCGUGGCAUCACCCAGGAGAGCAUCGAGGAUGCACGGGGUGUACCAGAGCUGCGGAUGCUGGAGGACGUCCGGUGCCUACUGCAUGCGGGGGCGGACCUCAAUGCCCCCCGGGACCACGGGGCCACGCUGCUACACAUCGCUUCAGCCAACGGGUUUGGGGAGGCAGCCGCGCUGCUGCUGGAGCACCAGGCCAGCCUGAGCGCCAAGGACAGUGACGGCUGGGAGCCGCUGCACGCAGCAGCUUACUGGGGCCAGGUGCACCUGGUGGAGCUGCUUGUGGCACAUGGGGCGGACUUGAACGGGAAGUCCCUGAUGGAUGAGACCCCGCUCGACGUGUGUGGAGAUGAGGAGGUGCGGGCCAAGCUGCUGGAGCUGAAGCACAAGAGGGACGCCCUCCUGCGGGCUCAGGGCCACCGGCGCUCCCUGCUGCGCCGCCGCACUUCCAGUGCUGGUAGCCGGGGGAAGGUGGUGAGGCGGGCAAGCCUGACCCAGCGCUCCAGCCUGUACCGCAAGGAGCAUGCCCAGGAGGCUAUAGUGUGGCAGCAGCCUUCACUGACCAGCCCUGAGCCCCCUGAGGAGGAUGAGGACCGCCAGACCAAUGCUGAGCUCCAGCCACUACCCCCUGAGGAGGCAGACCCUGAGGCUGCCCACCCACAUAACGGCCGUGUGGGGAGCCCCCUGGGGCGGCACCUGUACUCCAAGCGGUUGGACCGCAGUGUCUCCUACCAGCUGAGCCCUCCUGACAGCUCCACGGCUGAAACUCUUGGGAGGGACAAGGCCCACCACACCCUGGCGGAGCUCAAGCGCCAGCGAGCCACUGCCAAGCUGCAGCAACCCCUACCUGAGGGGCCUGGGGCCCCCAAUUCUGGCCUGUCUGCUGACACUGAGACCCCCCAGUCUGAGUACGGCUCUGGGGCUGGCGGGGACCCGCCCCUGCUCAAAUUGACAGCCCCCUCGGAGGAAGCCCCUGGGGAGAAGAGGCCAUGCUGCCUGCUCAUGUGACCCAGUU